GCCGGUUACCCGGGUCGUGGCCCCAGCGCUGACGUUCUGUCACUUCUUUCUUCUCUCCCGGCGAUUACAGCGUCGCAGGCGCGAAUUGGUCUCCCAUGGCUGAUACGACCCCAAACGGCCCCCAAGGGGCGGGCGCUGUGCAAUUCAUGAUGACCAAUAAACUGGACACAGCAAUGUGGCUUUCCCGAUUGUUCACAGUUUACUGCUCUGCUUUAUUUGUUCUCCCUCUUCUUGGGUUGCAUGAAGCAGCAAGCUUUUAUCAACGUGCUUUGCUGGCAAAUGCUCUGACCAGUGCUUUGAGACUGCAUCAAAGAUUACCACACUUCCAGUUAAGCAGAGCAUUCCUGGCCCAGGCUUUGUUAGAGGACAGCUGCCACUAUCUGUUGUAUUCACUCAUCUUUGUCAAUUCUUACCCUGUUACAUUGAGUAUUUUCCCAGUCUUGUUAUUCUCCUUGCUUCAUGCUGCCACAUACACGAAAAAGGUCCUUGAUGCAAAGGGUUCAAAUAGUUUACCUCUACUGAGAGCUGUCUUGGAUAAAUUAAGUGCUAAUCAACAAAAUAUUCUGAAAUUCAUUGCUUGCAAUGAAAUUUUCUUGAUGCCUGCUACAGUUUUUAUGCUUUUUAGUGGCCAAGGAAGUUUGCUCCAGCCUUUUAUAUACUAUAGAUUUCUUACUCUUCGAUAUUCCUCUAGAAGAAAUCCAUACUGUCGGAACUUGUUUAAUGAACUGAGGAUUGUUGUUGAACAUAUAAUAAUGAAACCUGCCUGCCUGCUGUUUGUGAGAAGACUUUGCCUCCAGAGCAUUGCCUUUAUAAGCAGACUGGCACCAACAGUUGUGUAGUUUAACAUCUAGUUAAGCAAUGUAUAUAAUAUAAGCAUUAUUAGCAGCUGGUACUUUUGCUAGGGAUCAGAAAUUCCAGGUCUUACACUGAUUGCAAUCCAAUUUACAUAAUUUAAAUAAAUGUAUCUCAUUGGAAAAAUAAUCAUUUCCCUGGCAUGUUAAAUCAAGCCUUUUUAAUAAAAGUUUCUGAAAAUUUUACUGUGCUCCGUUGCUAAUGGAUAAGGAAGUUUGUAUCUAUGGUAAAUAUACCAAUUUUUUUAGAUGCUGCUGUGCCUGUAUCAUGAAAUACAUUUAUUUCUUGUAAAGCUAGUUCUGAAAUUUGUUUCAUUGUAAUUAAUAAUCUGAGUUUAUAUCUAGCAUGAAUGCAGAAAGAUAACGUGAAUUCAGUAUAUUUUGAGACAGUAUUCUUUUGCCAUUCAGUAAUUUUGGUUGAUGAUUUUAACAAAUUAUUCUGACUGUAAUUUUAUUUCAAAUUGUUACUGAUUUUGUGCUUCCUUGCUAGGAUAGCUGUUGGGGAUCACAUAACGUUUAUAUCCCCAAAAAGUAGUACUGACACAGCUUUCCUUCUGGAGACUCAUUGAGUAACAUUUGUCAAAUAGAAAAUCCUUUUACAAAUGUGAACAAGUAGGUUAUUAGUGUAAUUAUAGUGCAGAGUUAUCAAGUUCAGAUUCUUGACUCUAGUUUUUUGGUCUCUUAGGCUUGAAUUUUCCUAGACAGUUACAGCAGAAUGUAAUUGAAGAUUGAGAAUAUCUGACUAUGCUCAUGUGUGUUCUGAAAUAAUAAAGAUACCUUGUAGAUUACAUGUUUUUCCAUCAAAUUUGGUUCAAACGAUUAAAUCGAAAAAUUUAUAGGUAUGACAAUUAUUGAGCAUCUGGUUAAAGGAGGAGCUGAUUAUUUUUAUUUCAUAAUACUAUGAUUGGGGGAACUGGAUGGAUUAUGAAACUGACUUGGGUUGUACAAUGUGUUAAAUCCUAUUCAUUGGGCUCCGAUCAACUGCUUUAUAAAAUUUAUUCUGAUCCUUACUACUAUUGCAUGAUUGGAAAUGUUUAAAAUGUUGCACAAUUUUAGACUAAUGAAAUGUUUUUUGUAACCAUUUUUUUCUGUCUGCAUGUAAUUGGAUUUCUCAAAUACAUUCAUUAGUGACUUAUGAGUAA